GUGAUAGCUGCUGCUACUACUAGUAGAGAGCGUAGCGGUUGCACAUUGCUCCUGCCCAUUUUCCAGCCUCCGUCAUUAGCAGUGAUAUUCCAAAGCAGCGGCGUUCUUCGCCGUGCCGUUCGCCGUCAUUUGCUGGAAGCCUGGAGACUUCUCAUUUCGGAAAUUCUACUGCCACGCUUCGUUGAAGGUUGUUCGAGUCCAAUCAUGAGGUUUUCCGUCACUCCCACCUGCCUCCUCGUCCUUCUCGUAGCCGUCUCUCUAACCACGCCUCUUCGUGCCGACGACGACGACUGCCGCCGUGAGAAGCGGGAUCUAGCUGAGUGCAGGACGCUGGAGGCGAGCAUGAAGGAGCAGAAGGAGGCGAUGGAGAAAAAGGCGAACGCGACGGAGGCGGUGGGAAACAAGAGGCGCGAGAAGUUCUUCGACUGCCAGGAGAAGGUCGACAAGGACAACCUCGCCUGGCACAACGAGAAGACUGAGCUCACUGCACGUAUUGCUACGUUGGACCAGAAGGUCAAGGGUCUGGAGGAGCAGCUCAAUGCCAAGGAGAGGGAGUUGUAGCAAACACACCCAUCCAAGAUUGCCUCAUUUAUUUAUGGCCUUCUGCAAACUGUAUUUUGUGGAUUUAUCCAGAGCGAUAUGAAUGUCAUUUGUCCGAUGUUCUAUGUUAUCCCAUUACUCGCUGAAGAAGAGCCAAGAAUUUGCUUUGCAUGGGAUGCAAUUUAUUGCGAUAUGAGA